UCGAACCAAUGGUAAGCCACUUGUCGCUGUCUUCUUCUUCCUCAGCGGCUCUGCCAUCGCUGUCCAUGAGAGUAUUAGAGUAGAAUAAGAAGCUGGUGGAGAUUCCAAGCUCGGGUGUCCUACUUAAUUCUCCACGUCUAUUACAGUCAAAUGUCAUGACGUAGUGCUGCCAGCUGCGUUCGCAGCGAUUUGUUUAGCUCAUCGGAUCGUUGGCGUGCCGCGCGUGCCAUUGACUUGCAGGCUUGCAGCUCUGGCGCAUCAGCUCCUUCGCACAUCUGCUCUUUGCCAUCUCCAUUCUCUCCCUGAGCAAGCUCCCAGAUCCUCUGCAUCGUUGGGGUGUGCUCUGCGCUCUCCGACUGCGUGCUGACGAGUCUCCGACCGUUUAUCCACCCGUCGCCUGAGCCCUGAGGAUGGAGGUCGCUGUCAGCGCGGCAAGUUGGGUGCUGGGAAAGGCAUUAGGCCCCAUCACGGAUGGCUUGCUGGAGGCAUGGGCGGCCAGUGCCGGGCUUGGUCCCAACAUGGACGCCCUCAAGAUGGAGCUCCUCUAUGCGCAGGGGAUGCUCGACAACGCACAGGGAAGGGAGAUCCGGAGCUCUGCGCUGAAGGAGCUGCUACUUAAGCUGCAGCAGCUGGCGUAUGGUGCCGACGAUGUGCUCGACGAGCUUGACUACUUUCGCAUCCAGGACGAGCUCGACGGCACCUACCAUGCUGCCGACGUCCACGGUGGGGGCUGCGUGCGCGACCUCGUCCUAAACACUCGCCACACUGCCAGAGCUGUUGCAAGGAAGCUGAAGCUCUCCUCGGGCUCGCGUCAAGCAAGCCGUGGCGAUCCCGACCCUGAUGAGCAUGAAGAUGGUGCAAAGCAAGGAUGCUUCUCUGUCAUCUGUUCCUGUGGCAGGCAUGCCGCCAUCGGCUCCACACCAAAUUCACCCAACAUCCAGAGCGACGAGAAUGGCGGGUGCAUGUCAAAGGUGGCUUUGAGCGCUCGCCGGGCUGCGCAUACUAUAGGAAAUGGAUGGGCAAGGUUCUGUUGUGCUUGUCCAUCCAAGAUUCAAAGUCAGGAGGGAAAACGUGUUGUGCAGAUACCAAAGUUGAAGUUUGACAGGGUGGAGAUAUCCAGUAAGAUGAAAGACAUUGUAGAGAAGCUAAGGCCUGUAUCUGCCAAGGUCUCCACCAUUCUUGAUAUGGAGCUGUUGGGUUCUGCUAUUCUUAAGCUCGAGCAAUUAGGCUCCAACCGUACCACAACCCAAAACAGUGCAAUGGACCGUCCGAAGACCACUCCGGACAUUAUAGAACCUAAGUUGUAUGGGAGGGAUAAUCAGAAAAAGAUCAUUAUAGAUGGCAUUAAGCAUGGAGAAUAUUUUUCAGAUGGCCUAGUGGUGCUUCCAAUUGUUGGUCCGGGGGGUAUUGGGAAGACAACUUUCACACAGCACAUAUAUAAAGAAGUGAAGGACUAUUUCGAGGUCACAAUUUGGUUAUGUGUCUCCCUCAAUUUCAAUGCUAGUAGGUUGGCACAGGAAGCAGUGAAAAUAAUUCCUGAAGUUGAUGGUGAAAACAAAAAUGGUAGUGAUCAAGAGCGAAUUGAACAAAGAUUGAAAGCUAAACGGUUUUUACUUGUUCUAGAUGACAUGUGGACAUGUCAUGAAGAUGAGUGGAAAAAACUGCUAGCACCAUUUGGAAGAGGGGGACAAAAUGGUAACAUGGUUAUAGUGACAACCCGAAUUCCAGAAGUGGCAGAUAUGGUUAAGACAAUUGAUUGUCCAAUAAAAAUGGAUCGUCUAGAAGCCACAGAUUUUAUGCAUUUCUUUGAAGCAUGUGUGUUUGGUCAACAGGGGGCAUGGGAAGAUCAUCCUGAAUUGCAUGAUGUUGGGGAGAAAAUAAUGAGCAAUUUGAAGGGUUUCCCUCUUGGAGCCAAAACCGUGGGUAGAGUACUAAGAAACCAACUUACUUUGGACCAUUGGACAAGAGUUCUAGAAAGCAAAGAAUGGGAACUACAGACCAAUGAGAAUGACAUUAUGCCGGCUCUAAAACUUAGCUAUGAUUAUCUUCCUUUCCAUCUGCAACGAUGUUUUUCAUACUGUUCUUUGUUUCCUGAAGAUUAUGAAUUUGGUAGUGAUGAGCUAAUUCACUUGUGGAUGGGACUAGAUAUUUUACACACAUCUAGUCAGAACAAGAGAACUGAAGAUGUUGGGCUGAGCUAUCUGAUUGACUUGCUUAACAAUGGAUUUUUUAUAAAGAAUGAGAAAGACGAUGGUACUUCUUAUUAUGUCCUACAUGACCUACUGCAUGAUUUAGCAGUGAAAGUUUCAUCAUAUGAAUGCAUUACAAUACCCAGCUCCAAAGUCAGGUCCAUACAAAUCCUAACUUCAGUUCGCCACUUGUCCAUCAUCAUAGAUGACAAAGAAGUUGAGAACAAAGAGAAUUUUGACAACUUCAAAAAGGAACUAAGGGAACUGGACAAAAGACUGAAUACUGAAAACCUACGUACAUUGAUGCUUUUUGGGAGCCACCAUGGAAGCUUUGCCAUGAUUUUUGGUCAUUUAUUUAGAAAUGCUAAUGCCCUUCGCGCUAUUUAUCUGUCCGAAGCAUCAUAUAUUGUGGAGGAUGUUCUGAAUAACUUUUCAAAACUUGUCCAUCUUCGGUACCUAAGGAUCAAGUCCAAGUACAUGGAGGACAUAUGCUUGCUGAGUGCUCUGUCUAGACUUUAUCAUUUAGAAGUCAUUGAUCUGCAGGAGUGGGAACAUUGCUCUGGUUCCGUAAGAUAUAUAAACAACCUUGUAAAAUUGCGUCACUUUCUUGUGCCAAAAGACAAGGUUCAGCUUCACUCUAACAUAGUUGAGGUGGGGAAACUAAAAUUAUUACAGGAACUAAGAAGCUUUGAAGUUGGAAAAGAAGGUAAGGGCUUUGAACUGAGUCAGUUAGAGCAACUAUCAGAACUUGGAGGUUCACUUGCCAUUGGUAAUCUGGAAAGGACACAAACAAUGAAGGAAGGAAGUGAGGCAAAACUGAUACACAAAAGUCGUUUACGCAAGCUAUCAUUAGAAUGGGCUGUCAACAGGCUCGGCAAGGAUCCAACACAUGAAUCAAAUAUUCUGGAAGUUAUGAAACCACAUGUCAAUCUUCAAGGCAUAUGCAUUAAGGGGCAUGGAGGCACUAAUUGCCCAAAAUGGCUAGGUGAAAACCUCUCUGUUAAAAAUCUGGAAUCUCUUCAUCUGGAUGAUGUAUCUUGGGAAAAUUUUCCACCACUUGGAGAACUGGGCAUGGUCAAUGGGCAUGGUGAGGAGCAUUUGGGUUGCUUACCUCACAAUAGGUUUAGAAAUUUGAGAAGGCUAGAAUUCAAUAAGCUGCCAAGACUGAAGAGAUGGGCUGAAAGUGACCCUUGUAAUUUAUUCUCUCACCUGGAAGUGCUCAUCAUCACAUGUUGCUUUGAACUCACAGAGUUGUCAUUUUCCCAUUCUAUUUGUUGCCAGCGACAGAAAGAGGCAAAGAUAAAUUGGUUUCCUAGACUACGGGAGGUCAAAAUUGAAGACUGUCCAAAACUGCUGUCCUUUCCUCCUAUUCCUUGGACUAGGGCUCCAUGCUCAGCUAAGAUAAAAGAUGUUGGUUCAGGCAUUAAGGAACUUGUUUGUGAAGAGAAUUACAGAUCUGGAUAUAGCUUGAAAAUUAAGAUGAAGCAUGCUCGGUUAUGGAAGUUAUUGGCCUUUGAUAAUCUAACUGAACUAAAAGAGUUGAAGGUGCAGAGAUGCCCUCCUCUCCCACUGCAUCAUUUCCGAAAGCUAUCAUCCCUAAAAACCAUCGAGCUAUCUGGUGGUUCAAGAAUUGUCUUCCCGUCGGUCGAAGGUGAGAGCCAUACCGAAUCUCAAUCUCCAGUUGAAUGCAUAACCGUCAGAGGGUGGGGUGCUAGUGGAAAGGAAUUGACACAGCUACUGACUUGUUUCCCCAAGCUCUCUAAACUGAAGAUGUGGUCAUGUAAGAAGAUUACAGGGCUAGCUGUAGUGGAGAAGCAGGCAAUAGAAACACCCACGCCAACUUCUCCAGAUAACAGAGUGGACGGCAAUGUGGAAAUCGAGCAGCAGAAUGGCACAGGAGGAGAGGAGGAAAUAGGAGCAUCAUCAGCAGAAGAAGGGCUGCUGCUCUUGCCUUCCCAACUACAGCAGCUCGAUAUCACCUACUGCCAAGAGCUGAGCCUCUGCUCCAAUUCAAUCGACCACAACAGAGAAUCAGGACCAACUAGUGGAGGACAAGGGCUCCAAUCUCUGCGAUCCCUUCGAUCGUUGUCGAUAGGCUAUUGCCCCAAGUUCCUAUCCUCCUAUUCGUCACCCUCCUCUUCUUCUUCGUGUCCCCCAUUCCCAACCUCCCUGGAACGCCUCUCUCUUUUCGGCGCGGGGGGCAUGGCGACGCUGUUGCCUCUCUCAAACCUCGCCUCUCUCACAGAUUUAACCAUAUGGGGAUGUGGGGAUUUAAGAGGCGAGGGACUGCGGCAUCUCCUCGCCCAAGGUCGUCUCACCAAAUUAAUCGUCCGUGAAACCCCCAAUUUCUGGGCUGGUCCCUACGAACAAGAGUUCUUCCCAUCCUCUUCCUCCAAACUGCAGGAGCUUGUGACGGAUGACGUCGCAGGCGUCCUUGCUGCGUCCGUCUGUACCUUGCUCUCUUCCACUCUCGCCGAUUUGAGAUUUUGGUCAGACAAAAAGGUAGAGCGCUUCACAAAAGAGCAAGAGGACGCCCUUCAGCUCCUCACCUCUCUCGAGGAAAUCAGAUUUUGGGACUGUGACAAGCUGCAGUGCCUCCCUGCUGGGCUUCAUGGACUCCCCAACCUCAAGAGAUUAAACAUAUACAAAUGUCCAGCCAUCCGAUCGCUGCCCAAGGAUGGCCUCCCAAGUUCACUGCAAGAGUUGGAGAUAGACGAUUGUCCAGCCAUCCAGAUUCUACAUAAGGACUGCCUCCCAACUUCACUGCAAAAAUUAGAGAUGAAGAGAUGCCCAGCCAUCCGGUCUCUGCCCAAGGACUGCCUCCCAAGUUCACUGCAAAAAUUAGUGAUAAGCAACUGCCCAGCCAUUCGAUCACUGCCCAAGGUGAAUGACCUUCUAAGUUCACUGCGAGAAUUGAAUGUCCGCUAUAGCCACAGCGAGGAGCUAAGAAGGCAGUGCCGCAAGUUGAUUGGAAUCAUUCCAGUUGUCUACGCCUGACUAAGCCAAGGCAACAAAGAGGGUUCUUUCUCAAUUUGUACAUUCUUCUAACCUCCGGAUUCUCACUGUAUCUAUACAUGAUUCUAAGUGCUGACUUAAGUGCUUUCCUUCUCAAAAAAGGCAAGAUAUUCAGUAGUUGUGGUGGAUUCGCAAGUCCUUUUAUCACUGUUAGUUAUCUUCUUUAUCUUUAUGUCAGGAUAAUUCUGUUAUUGCAACACCCACCAAGUAAAGUAUUGUUCAGUACAUGCGACUUCAUCUAUUCCAAGUGCCCAAGUAUAUAAUUAUUCUUGAAGUAUGUUUUCCUCUUUUUUCGCAAACAUGCUUGACAGCAUGUAUUUCAUUAAGUGGGUUAGAAGUUCGAAGACAGACUUGAUAGGUGCAACGCCAGGGAGCAGGUGAGGCAAGCUAGAGACAGCCACCGACCAAACUGCCAACCUACCGCUACUGAGUUUACAUAGCGUGACCAAACAACCACAGGAUCUGCCUACCACCAAGAAUAUUUCCUUUUUGGAUAAGCUAUCAUGAACCCUAAGCUACUAAACUGCGCAAGUGCAAGAUUUGCCCAACUGUUGCUUGCGACAACCAACAAGCAACAAAAAUCAUCUCCUUGGAAUCAUGGCAUUGCAGCAACAGAGGAUAUAUUGCCACUUGGCACAAAGAUUUUCUUUAUUCAUGGAAUUUUCUAGCAUUGCAGUAGCCGACAUGAAACUAAACUGCUGCUACAUUGCCUGGAGCAACUUCUUCAGAUGCUCCAAAGUGGGUCCUCUCUCUAUGAUCUACCUGUUAACUGGCUGGUCCGGUCAGUGCCAUAUCAAGCAGUAGUCGACCAAGUGCUCCUUCAAUUGCUCUCAUCUAAUUCAAGAGAGAAGCUGCAUGCUCUCACAGGCACUUGUAGACACUCAUCCUGGUUGCUUAUGAGGAAUUAAGCCCAGAAGUCUUGUCAAGACCACAAUCAUCUUCAGCAGAUAUGGCUUCUGAAAUUUCUUUGCUGGAUGGCAGGCUGAAACUAUGUUGGAGUAUCCAGGGAAACUUGGAGACGAUAAUAUUUAAAUUUUGUUCAUCCUCGAAAAUUCGAGCAUGAUGUAGAGUUACGGAAGGGGGCAUCUCCUGAUCUACUGUCGUUUGAGAUAAAUUGCAUCUCUACUUUUCCGUCAGACCGCAGAUAUCAGAUCCGCUAGUAUCAGCUAUGAAGAUUCUCAGUAGAACUUGACAUUUCAUUGGUUUCAUGCUGAUAUUUUGAAUGCAUUUUUGGAAUUCUUCAGAUAAUAAUAUCUACUAUUCAUGUUCGAUGUUGCUGAUUUUGGCGAAAGGAAGGCAA